CUGCUGCAAUGUGACCCUCUAAAGCAGUGACAAAGGAAUCAUCUUUAGCUUCUCUAGCUUCAUGAUUUCACUUUUUAGCAUUCUUCUUUUCCUAUUUAGCGGCCUAUAUCAAUCGCCAAGUAUUUUCUUUUACAGAGGGUGGAGUUGUAUUUGUUUUGGGUUGGAUUUGAAUUGGCUUUAUUUUCAUGCAAUGGCUUACCUGAGUCUUAGCAUUUUGAUGCUGUGCAUCUCCAUCUACGACACCUCCCUCUUCACUCUAUGCGAGGCAAGAAGCUAUGGACAAAUGAUGAAAUUCUCAGAUGCUCAACUGUACGACAUAAGCUCUCCCUUCUCCCUAGCACCCUUUGAAUCAGUAUCACCAGCCUCCUUGCCUGGAAAUACUCCUCCAUUCUCUGUAAGUGCUCCACAACCACCUUCCACAACCACACAAUCUCCUAUAAGCUAUGCACUACCACCCGGCCCACCACCGCCAAUGCCCGAUUUUCCUUUCCAAAGCCCACCGAGCUUACCCGGUAGCAUGCCAAGCCCGCCUACGCAUUCCCCAGACAUCCCAAAUGCGCCAGAAUACGAGGGCAGCCCGCCUAGUAGCUUCCCCAGCCCACCUCAUGAUGGGCCAAGCCCACUGAGCAUGCCGAGCCCACCUGCAUAUUCCCUGGACGUCCCAAAUCCGCCAGAAUACGAGGGCAGCCCGCCUAGUGGCAUCCCCAGCCCACCCAAGAAUCUUCCUCCAAGCCCACCAAUCUUUCUACCCCCUGUAGUUUACCCACCACCAUCAGGACCACCACCCCCAGGCCACAAGCUGAAGCCAGAAAAUCCUGCGUGGUGUGUUGCUAAGCCAACAGUGCCUGAUCCAAUCAUUCAAGAAGCCAUGGACUAUGCCUGCGGGACCGGUGCGGACUGCAAGUCCAUCCAGCCCAAUGGGUCAUGCUACCGACCCAACGCUUUGUUGGUCCAUGCUUCUUACGCUUUCAACAGCUACUGGCAGAGCACUAAGGAGGGCGGCGGCACUUGUGAUUUUGGAGGGACUGCCAUGCUUGUCUCAGUGGAUCCAAGUUUCGAUGAAUGCCAUUUCGUCUACAACUGAUGGAGGAAAUUAAGAGUGGGGACAUUACUUGAUUUUAGAGACAAAAUCUUUUUGUCUUUCAAGAAUUUUGCAAAGAGGCUACUAGACUUUGGUUUCGAUGGGUUCCAUUAAUUUGUAUGACUAGGAAUUCGGCACUAUAUUUCUUGCAAUAUAUAUAUAUAUAUAUAAAAGUUGUCUUCUUGUUCUCAUUAUUUUAGUGCAUGGAA